GUCCCAUAUAUAAAAUUACUCAGGCAAAACGAAUUCUAGAUGAUGCAUGUGACGGUAGCAGUGACAGCUAACAUGUCUGCUAACUCAGUGAGAUAUCAGCGCUCAAAUUAGCGUUUUCAGAGUGACUUAAGACGGCGGAAUAACUUAAUUACUAGAUUGAGGAUUCACAGGUGUGUGACUAUCACCUGGCAGGCAGAAGAGGCGGAUUACCAGCGGCGAGUGAACAUCAGCCAAACAUGGCUGUAAACACUAUAUUAUUGGGAUUUCUGUUUCUCAGUCUGGUGGAUCUUGCUUCUUCUCAGGGUGUACGCGUAAGUUUCUCACAGAAACAAAAUGCAAAAACACAGUUUUCCGGAAAGCCAAACAGUCAAGUUUUUUCCGCGAAAAAUUCCCAAAGGUUUAAUGGACGAACAUCGUUUGGUAGUUCACGAUCACGUAGUUCUCAGAGGUUCCAUGGUUCCCCAGUUAUGGUAACGGGUGCACCCUUCCGGCGACAGUAUCCGUCCAGUGGCAGAACUAGUUUCAUUAAUCGUCGGGGCCAGAUAGUUACAAAUGCACCAUUUACAAAUCGUCAAAUAGUAUCGACUCCGAGGCCUUGGGUCGGCCCAAACAGCCAAAUAUCUAACGCUGAUCCUUAUCGCUCAGGUUUGCAAAAACGUCCGCAUCCGAUGGAGCAGAACGCUAUACAGCCCCCAAAGAACCUUGGGGGAACAUUCCGCCCUGUUAUGCAGCAAUUCGUCCAAACUUAUCAGUAUAACAAGGAACCAAUAACUACACAAUUGCCACCCGUGACCGUCGUACAGAGGUUCACUCCCCCUAAUUACGCCUUCGGCAGCGUAAACCAAUCCCCAGCGUACAGGUUUGAACCGUCGGUACAACCACAACGGUCAAAUCAGGGACUAGGCCCAAACCAAGGGCAAGGAAACUUUCGAGUGCAAAACCAGAAUAACCGGGGACAAAAUCAACAGCAGCAUCCAAUGGCCGAGAGAUUGAUACAAAGAAAACCCCCUCCCCCACCAUCACAACAGAUACGACAGGCUCAAGGUAUGAUGGCUAAUGGUAACAAAGGCAGGGGUAACACAAAUAAGCAACCCAUGAAAGCUGGAAUAAACAAUAGAAUCAUGAAUAACCCACCCCCGCAAAUGUUGGCAAACAACGUCCCUUUGUUUCAAAAGCCUCAGAAUCAAAACGGAAAUAUGAGGAGUAACCCAAACCCUAGAAGACAGGGUGGAAAUAGAAGGGCGAACGGGCAAGGUAAAAACUACAACUGGUUGAAUAAGAGAAAGCCCCAAAGGCGACCGGCUAAAAAACCUCAGAGACCAAGACAGGAAAUGACAACACCACCUCAGCAAUUUAACCAACAACCGUUUGAUGCCCAAGGUCUAGGAUUUCCAUUUAACGUCGCUCCUUCGUUUAGCAACCAUGGACCAACCCCUCCUACUAAACCACCAGCCGCGCCAACGAAACCAAAUAUGUUCCCGCCUACCCAGCCAUCCCCGUUCGGACCAACCUUCCCCCCGCCCACUGAUCCUUUCUUCAUGCCAACAACAGCUAACCCAACUACCAGGCUUACUCCUCCAUCGCCAUCUCCAACAAGGUUGGUAACUCCAAAAACGACCAUGCCUAUUGACGGGAUCGGUCACAAAUGUUUCCAUACAGGCGAAUGCAGUGCUGGAUGUUGUUACGGCAAAUCUGGCACCAUGUUGGAUACCGACACGUUCGGACCAAACGCACUCAAGAACGGACUAGUUGCUGGAACCUGCCAAAUGAAACAGCCUGGUCUUGGAGAAACGUGCGAUGACCUCUGUAUAUGCCAGUCAGAGUUUGAGUGCUACCGCCGUUAUAAGCCUAACUACAAAGAAGGAAAACUCAUGGCCCAGAACAGCAUGUACGAGCCACCGGCACCUCCUACAAAACCACGCCGGACAUGCAUGCGCAAGGCUGUUGCAUUAGCAGAACGCUGGUCAUUCUGGAAAUGCUACUUCGAUACUGCAUGCUCGGGACCGCUAUUAAAAUAACUUCUGUUUUUAUAUAUAUAUUUUUGUAAUGAGUGCAAAAAGCCAGGAAUGUUAUCCCUCCUUUUUAUAGUGCUGUUUACUAUGGCUGGCAUUCGCUUUAAUAUGGCCCCACAUUUAAUAAUCUUUUGAAUAACACAAUUCGAUAUGCAAGACCUUUUAAUGUAAUAUUCGUACCUUCAUUGUUUAGGAAUGUAUUCAAAAUAUUCGAAUUUACGAUAUCAUGAGUUAAUUAUUUUUUUUUAACAUGACAACCCUUGACUCAUGUUUGCGAUUCCAUGAAAUGAAUAUCUAUGUGACGAUUCAGGAUUGAUGCUUAUAAUGUUAAUAAUUUUCAUUUAUUCAAGGAAAUACUGGGCUGGGCACAUAGAUACUCGUAAUACAUAAAUCAAGUACGAUUGUUUUAGCUAAACAAUCUAUUGAACGGUUAAAACAAUAGAAUGGAGUUGUGUACAACUUAUUAUAUGGUUGGUUAAAAUAAUUGAAUGGUGCUAUUUUAGCAAAUUUAAAUCGUAAACUAAUAUUAUGUUAUUGUUUAUGAUAUUUAGAACAGUUUACUCAUGUCCUGUUGUUUUUAAAACGUAUAUAAUGGUUUAAACAAUAGCAUGAAGUUUACAACAUUUUGAACAAUUAAGAAUAUCACAUUGUUUUUGCAACUUAUGAAAUCGUUAAAUAAUAUCAUGGCGCUAUUUACACCUUAUUGAACAGUAACAAUAGUGACAUCGAUGAUUAGAACCAAUUUAAGGUGAAGAGAACUUUAUAUAUUUUUUCAAAAUUAUUGAACGGUUAAAAUGCUUUUAUGAUGUUAUCAACAUUUUAAUUAUAAUCGUAAAUUUUACUACGUUGGUGAUAUAACGACACUUUUCAUUUGUUUAAAAAACAACAUAAUUGGCGUAUAGUACAAGAGUGUACAUGGUUCAUAUUUGUGAUGUAACAACCCUUUUCAUUGGUUCAAAAACCAAUAUACCUGGACAAUAAUACAAUAGUGUACAUGUUUUAAUUGCCAGCAAAUUAUGCGCUCGUAACGCUCUACUGAUAUUGCAAUGUAAACUAACGACCCUAGAAUGACCUUUCUGACAUGAAUAACCCCUCAAAUCAUAAAUGGAAGAUUACCAGAACAUGAACAAACAUUGUUUGCGUUGUUUGGCUAUUUGAAUUGACUUACCUAAUUUGUAAAAAGGUCCUUUUAACUAUAUAUUUCUAGUAAUUACUCUUGUCGAGUGAGGGUGAACGUGUGUAAGUUCAUAAAUGAACGUUUCCAGGUUUACUUUAUAACCACGUUAUCCUGAAACUGCAUGACCUCUAGCAGCUCAACGGAAGAACGUACGACAUCAUCUGUGAUAUCGGCUUGUUGGUAAAAUAAAAGAAAGGGGUAUGACAUGACAAAUGCUUUUGCGGACAAUAGAACAGCCUACAUUGGAUGAUUUAGGUCAAGUUAUCUUAUAGUUGAUGGCGAAGAGAGGAAGGUACAUUCAGUAACAUUUACACGUGGUAGAAUAUAUAUGAUAUAAAAUAUGUGGAGUUAUACCAUGGUAGAGCAUAUAACUCCGAUUUCGAAAAUGUUGGGGAAAAAAUAUACCCACACCAAAUCAGCUUUCGUUAUAUACAUGUAUUAUAUUCCAUCAUAAUACAUGUACAAAUCACCAGAAAAAGGCGAUUUUUGGAUUCAUGCGUUUUAGAAGAUAAAAAUUGAUGCAUGCAAAAAGUCACACAAAGAAACAACUACUGCAUUGAAUGGCAGAAUUUGUCCAUCCAUCCAUCAUACGUGACUCUACAAAUAAGUUAGUAUUAACGGAUUAUUUAAUUUAAAAUCAGUAUCUCGUGUGAAAGAUCAUCUUGAUCAAGUUGGUAGGUUGUGUCUCCAUGUGUUAUCAGACGUUACUAACACAUGGGUAACGUAUUACUUGUUGAUAAGAAAUCAACAGUCACAUUAUUUUUUUGUUCGAAUUGUUUCCUAUUUUAUUGUAUAUAUGUGGUCACAAUUUAAAAAAAAGAACAGUUGGCACAUGUAUGUUUUUUUUAUUUCAUUGUUCCGACAAUGUGGUUUACAACGACAGAGGCGUAUUUUCAACACAAGCUAUAGAUUUAUCAGUUUCUAUAGACAGUAGACUUAAUCACAAAUACAGUCGAUGUAACACGAAGGUAAAAUCUCCUAUUGUAUACACGUUCAUUUAGCACAACCAUUGAGAUAUCUGUGUGUGAAGUUUCAAUGACUAUUAAUAUAUGUAGUUUUCAACUUUAUAUCAGACAAAUAACAAUGAUAGCUUCUGUGCACUUAAUUGUUUAAAUUGUACGAGAUGACAAUCGAAUUCAGUAACGCACUUUGCUCAUGUUCAUUAAGGUUUUCUAUAUAAACGAAAUGGCUAUCAAAUCGUACAAAUUAAAAACUAAAUAUUAGUGUAAUUACGCUUUACUGACCAUUUGUCAGACAAAAGGAGAAAAUACGUUUUGUACUAAUUAUUGAAAUGUCACACUUAAACAUGUCACUGGUUGUGCUAUAUGAAUCUGAAUACGAUACAUACUUACUAACAUGCGGAAAAGUUUUGGUUCGAAUUAAAAUAUUUUAAGGAUCCCUGUACUACUGCCAAAAGUGCUUGAAAGUGUUCUUUUUCCCUGCGUGACUAUAGCUUUAAUAAAUAAUUUUUGAAUAGAAAACCGUACCUUGCGAGAUUUUUAUGAGAAAUCAUAGAGAUGAAAUCGAAAGGGAUAAUCAACAUCAGUAUUUUUUUAAAUGUAAAAAUAAUAAUAAAAAGGGCUAAACUGGGAUUCAAACCCAAGACUUUAGAUAGACAUUCUAGCGCUCUAACCGAUGGAGCUACCUGGUCAACGGAUGUGUUCUGAACCACCUGUGUUACAGUUUAUCUAAACGGAAGUUAAGGGGUGGUUACUCUAUAUAGGGAAAACCAUGUGCAGUGAUACCGGCAUCCUUUCAUCUAAGUAGAAUGCUGCUUCGAAUAUAUUCUGAUUGAUUUCUGUAAUCUUAUUUUACAGAUGUGUUUGUGGUAAUUCGUUUGGCAAAAUAUGUCAUUUGUGGUUUUGCUGAGAUGUUUAGGGAACCAAUACUCGGUAUACUUGGAACUUAAUAUAAUUUUGAUUAUUUUGUUCAGAUUUGACAAAAAUAAAAAAAUUGAUGUAAUAUUCUGUAUUGCCUUAUAUAAAACAAUAUUGAUGUUUUGCAGCAUUGAGCUGUUGCUUUGUUGUAUGUCUAUAUGAAUAAACGACACAAAGUACUAAAUUA